AUGGAGACUGGCUCCCGGAUCAGAAUUGUGAAUGAUCACACAAUAGAAAUAGACAGUGAAGAUCACACAAUGAUGAAUCCUCUGAGGUGGUGUAUAAGCAGAAAUUUCUCUGGAAAUAAUGUUGAGCUUGUUGGAUACACCAUUCCACAUCCAUCAGAUAACGUUGCAAGGCUCUCCGUCCAAUUCAAUAACGAGGAAAUACAGAAGCCUCACACCAUUCUUGACAAAAUAGCACAAGAACUACAAUCAAUGGAAGCCAUAGGCAAUAAGCUACUUACCCAAAUCGAAGAAUUCGAAAGCGCUUCUAACAAGCAGCAGACCACCUGCACACAUUAA